GCCUCCGGCUGGCCACCGUGCCUAAGGAUGGUGGCUGCUAUUGCUGUCCUGAUCAAGGAUGCUGGAAAAUUGACUUUGGGACAGCCACUCACCAUCCUAGCACCCCACGCAGUGGAGGCCUUGGUAAAGCAGCCCCCAGACCGCUGGCUCUCUAAUUCCCGCAUGACCCACUACCAAGCCUUGUUACUGGAUGCAGAACGGGUUCAGUUUGGGCCCGUAGUCGCCCUCAAUCCUGCCACCUUGCUUCCUCUACCAGAGGAGGCAGAACAACAUGACUGCCUACAAAUCAUCGCAGAAGUACAUGGAACCAGGCCGGACCUAUCGGACCAGCCUCUUCAGAAUGCUGACCACACAUGGUACACGGAUGGCAGCAGCUUCUUGGCAGAGGGAGAGCGAAAGGCUGGAGCUGCGGUCACUACGGAGGACAAAGUAAUUUGGGCAAAAGCCCUGCCUGCUGGUACCUCCGCACAACGGGCUGAACUCAUCGCCUUGACUCAGGCGCUCAAGAUGGCAAAAGGACACCAGAAGGGGCACAACCCAGAGGCACGAGGAAACCGGCUGGCCGAUGCCACGGCGCGAGAAGUGGCCAUGAGCAAACAAAUCUUGCCCUUAAAUAGCCCGGACCAACCCACGCCCCCACCAGUGGGACAAACCAGUUGGGUUUAUGCCCAUGAGGACAUAGAGCUCCUAAAAAAAAUGGGGGCCAUCUACCACCCUCAACUAAAACAGUGGGUCUACAAAGGAAAGACAGUUAUGCCAAUAAAAAUGACUUUUGAAUUGAUCUCUUUUUUACACAAAUUAACCCAUUUGGGGUUUAAGAAGAUGAAAACCUUACUAGAUCGGGAAGAGAUAAAUCUGUGGUUUUUGAAUCGGGACAAAGCGAUACAAAAGGUGACUGAGAGUUGCAAAGCGUGCGCUCAGGUUAACCCGCGAAGGACCAUGAUUGGACAAGGAGUUCGUCCUAGGGGACACCGUCCCGGCAUCCAUUGGGAAAUUGAUUUUACUGAAAUUAAACCAGGUAUGUAUGGAUACAAGUAUCUCCUAGUGUUUGUAGACACCUUCUCAGGAUGGGUCGAAGCCUUCCCCACAAAGCACGAGACUGCAAAAAUGGUCACCAAGAAGCUCCUCGAGGAAAUCUUUCCCAGGUAUGGCAUGCCUCAAGCGUUGGCGUCGGACAACGGGCCCGCUUUCGUCUCCCACGUAAGUCAGUUGGUGGCCAAAUUGCUGGGGAUUGAUUGGAAAUUACAUUGUGCCUAUAGACCCCAGAGUUCAGGUCAGGUAGAACGCAUGAAUAGAACAAUUAAGGAGACUUUAUCCAAACUUACGCUUGCAACUGGCUCAAAGGAUUGGGUGGCCCUCCUUCCCCUAGUUCUCUAUCGGGCCCGGAAUACCCCGGGCCCCCAUGGUCUAACUCCUUUUGAAAUAAUGUAUGGAGCACCACCCCCAUUUGUCCAUUUCUUUGAUUCAAACAUUGCUGAUUUCACUGACAGCCCUUCUCUGAGGGCCCAUUUACAGGCCCUACAGAUUGUGCAGAGAGACGUCUGGAGACCUUUGGCCGCUGCUUACCAGGACGAGCUUGAGCAUCCGGUGGUGCCACACCCGUUCCAGAUUGGAGACACCGUGUGGGUGCGCAGACACCAGACCAAGAAUCUCGAGCCACGGUGGAAAGGACCCUACACCGUCCUCCUGACUACCCCGACCGCCCUAAAGGUAGACGGAGUCGCGGCUUGGAUCCACGCAUCACACGUCAAGGCAGUCCGGUCUGAGGAAUUGACUAAUCACAACACUACACCCCAGACAUGGAGAGUUCAGCGCACUCCAAACCCCUUAAAGUUAAAACUCCUACGUGGCUCCUCCUAGUCCUUUUGUGGCCUAGAGUCAGUGGGGGAAUAAGCCCCCACCACAUUUAUAACAUUACCUGGAUAGUCACUAAUCUCAUGACAGGAAGGCUGGCUAAUGCUACCUCCGUAAGGGGGACACUGGCCGAUGCCUUC